AUGGGUGCUCUCAGAAAGGUCAAGAACAAGCGUCGCACCAGAGACUAUGACCAGGUCCGCGCCGACAUUGAUUCUCCUCGCCAUCUCGCGCAGUACCAGGCGACCAAGGAUGCGGAGGAUCUCCCGGGCCUUGGACGGCAUUACUGUACCGAAUGCUCGAAAUGGUUUGAGAGCGAGUACAACAUGAAGGCACACACGAAAGGCAAGAACCACAAGCGCAGACUCCGCCUUCUGCGCGAAGAGCCGCACAGCCAGAGGAUUGCCGAAGCUGCAGUUGGACAGGGAGCACCAGAUAACGGCAAGCGAUCGGAGGACGGCAACGUGGAAAUGCAAGACUGA